AUGAUAAUAAACCCAAAUGAUUCGAGUAUAUCGAAUUUUAAUUUAGAUGAAUUAGUUUAAAAAAUAAUUAAUUAUCGAAACGAAAAAAAUUUCAUAUUAUAUGAAAAUAUUAAUGAAAAUUUUAUCAUUUAAGUCCUCGAAAAAGAUAGAAUGAUAGAUUUAGAUAAUUAUUUUAAAUUAAAAAAAAUAGACAUUAUAGAAUUUGUUAAAUAUUUUAUUUCAAAUAUUAUAAAAAGAGAUGAUGAAGCAAUAUAUAUCAUAAUUGCUUCAAUUGAUUUAUUUAGGUCAAUAUCAUAAAAACUUAGCCUUUCUUAAUAUAUAUAAAUGAGUGAUAUAACAUCAUAUAUAUGUGACGUAUAUUAAAAAUAUAUAAAUGUAUAUCUUUUUUUCUUUUUUUUUAAGAGUAAACAAUAAAAAAAUCAUAGUCAAUACAAAAUUUAAUCUUUUAAUUUUCCGGAAUAAUAAAAAUAUAAAAUUGAUCCUUCAAAAGUAAGAGAUGUAGAUAUUAAUAUGGCUCCAAUAUAUGGUAAAAAUGAUGAAGGUAUAUAAAGGCUAGUAAAAUAAUAAAUAUAAACAGAUUCAACUCAUCAUAUAAAUCAUAAUGUUAAAGCAGGACUAUAUGCUGAAGCUAUAAAUAGUAUAAUAAGUAUAGAUACUUUAUCAGAUAAAAUAAAUAUACAUGACAUAAAUUGUAAAUAAACAUAAAUAAUAAAGCCUUCAAGCAAAAAUAUAUCUGAAUAAGUAAAAUAAACAAGACUGAAUGAAAAUAUAAUCUUCGGGAUUGCUUGGAGUGAAAAGUAAUAAAGAUUAGGGGCUACUAUGAAAGAUUUUAAGCUUAUAUUUUGGGAUAAAUGUGAUAAUUUUAAAUAUGAAAAAGAGAUUUAAAUUCAGAAUUUGAUAAGUUAAUAUUAAACGAAUAUUUGGUAUAUUGAAUUCAUUAAUUCUUGGAUAACUACUAGUAAUAAGAAUUAAUUAUAUGUAUGGGAUUUGGAAAAGGAGAUAAUUAUUAAAACUUUAUCUUCUCCAAAAAUAAAACAAUCAAUAUUUAAUGUUGUUGAAAUUUAAUAGUUUAAAUUAUUGGCUGUGGGUUCAUUAGAAAAAUUAAUAACAGUAUGGGAUUUUUAAAAAAACUAAAUUAUUUAAUAGAUUGAAUGUUCAAAGGCUGGAGUUCAUUCUUUUAGUUAUUUUUAAACUUAUUAAGUAUUUGUAUGUUCUGGUUUUUCUAAUAAUGUUUAUAUUUAUAAUUUAGAACCAAAUAAUUUUGAUAUUAUUUAUAAAGGAGAACUUAUUGGACAUCAAAGUAUGGUUAGUACUGUUGAUUGUAUUGAAAAAACUUGUAUGAUUUUGAGUGCAGAUGAUACAGGAACUAUAAAAAUUUGGGACAUAAGGACCCUUAAGUGUAUUUAGUCGAUUAAUUGUGGCCUGAAGACUAUUAUUACGAAACUUAUUAAUAUUUAUUAGAAAGGGAAGCUAUGUUUUUUAGGAACUAGGAUUAAUAUGAUCGAUUUUUCGGAAAAGGAUAUUAUUAUAAAAAAAUAAAAUAAAAAAAAUGAACUGUUUCCGGUUAAAAUUGAUUUUUUGUAAGAUUAAAUUGUGGCUAUUACUAGAAAAGACAUUAGAUUUAUUGAUUUAGAUAAUGGUAAGAUUUCUUAAAUUUUUGUUGGUUUAUUCGAAAAAACAGAUGAUAUAACUGUAUUUAAAUAAUAUUAUUAAGGAAACAAAUUUAUAAUAGGAAAUAAUAAAGGAAAUAUAGAAUUACAUGAUAUGUUUAAUGGUGAAUUAUUACAUAAAUUAGGCUCACAUAGUAAUGAAGUAACGUGUAUAAAAUUUGACUAUUUAAAUGAUAUGAUCAUUUCUGGUUCUUGGGAUUCAAGUAUAAAAAUAUAAAAUCUAAACGAAAAAACAUUUGAAAUAAAAAGAUAAAUCAAUAAUUGCUUUUAUAAUAAGGAAAUUACUUUUAUCGAACUUUCUGUUUAUCACAAUCUUUUAUUUAUGGCUUCUAAUUCUGAAAAAAUAUAUAUUUAUGAUUAUGAAUUUACUAAAUUGCUUUCAUGUAUUGAAUUAAAUUUAAAUACUGAACCAACAUCAAUUAGAGUAAUUAAUGGUUUUUGUCUUGUUUUAAUAGCUUCAAAUGAUGGAUAUGUAUAUGUUAUGCAUUUUAAUAAAAAAGAACUCCAGUUUAGUGCAAAACUUAUUGCUAUAUUAGAUAUUGAUUUGUUAAUAGGUUUAAAGAAAACUCCAAAAGAGGAAUAAAAAAAAGAAAGUAUAUCCAUAUCAGCAGAAAAAAAUCAAAAUAUAACACCUAUAAAUGCCUAAAAAGAUAAAAAAAGAUUUUAAAAUUUAAACUAAAAAUCAAAAUAUUCAAUAAGAUUUAAUUUUAUUGAUAAUAUACAAACAGACAGUAAUACUUCUAAAAGUAACUUAUCUUAUCAAACUAUUAAUCAAUUAGAAUUUACUAAUAAAAAUAAAUAAUAAUAAAAAAAUAAUAUUUUUUGUAAAUCAGUUUCUAAAUAUGCACAACCUUAGAAUUUUGCAGAGUAAGAUAUUCAAAAAUAAAGCAAUAAUUAGAUUUAACUUGAAUAAAAUGAGAAAAACUAAUAUUUUGUGUGCAAAUUUGUAGUCGAUUAUGAAUUAAGUUUACAAAAUUAAAUUUCUGUUUGUAACCUUUAUUGUGCUUUAAAUAAAGGGAGUAUUAUUGCUUUAGAUUUAUUAAAUAUUAUUUCUUAAUUUGAUAAUAUUUUUUAUGUAGAACAUGCCAAUAAAAGAUAAAAUUAUAAUGCUAAUAGAGUUUGCUAGGAAAAUUUUUUAAAAGUAAAAAUUAUAUAUUAAAAAUUAUAAAUUAGUAAAAUAAGUGAUGAGGGGAAAAUAUCAUAUAAGAAACCUUAUUUUUAUAAAAAAAUUCUCUUUUUUAAUAUUCCGAAUGCUCAUAAAGACAUUAUAACAUAAAUAAAAAUACUUUUUUUAAAUGAAAAAUAUUUACUAACAGGAUCUAUGGAUUUUUAUAUUAAAAUUUGGGAUAGAAAAACUGGAUUUUUAAAGGGAAGUUUGAAUAUAAAUCAUCCUUUACCUAUAUCUAUGGAAUAUAGAAAACGAUAAAUCUUAAUAAUAAAAAAAGAAGGUUAUUUAUGCGUUAAAGAUUAUAGAUGUAAUUUUUUAAAAAUACUCUAAGUAAAUGUCUUUUAGGGAAUUAAAAAAUAUAAAAAUUGUUGA